CAGCCCCGCCGCGCUGCCGCGAGCCCGGCGGCGGCGGCUGGGCGUUUGGAGGUGUGCGCGUGUGCUUAACCCCUUCUUGGCUCCUCGGACUUGUACCAUGCUGAAGGUCCUCACCAAAAAGCUCAGGAACCAGACUUUGAACGAAAUUCAGCCUUUCCAGCUAAAGAUCUCCUACCCCCCAAGUGAUGAGGACAGCGAUGACUCUGAGGGAGAGAAUCAAGAACUUGUUCAAAUCGACAGAGAGAGAAGACGGAAUUGUACCUUGACCCCUCUGGCCACCAACCAGCUCCAGAACCAGGAGAACCAAUGCUGCAAGGUCCGAGCUCUUCUCCAUGCCAGCCUGGAUCGCCACAGCUCGGAAGAGGAGCUGGAGCGCAUCAACCGAGAGUUUGCUGCUGAGAAGCGGAAGUGGUCCCAGGUCAGCAGGCUUGCGUGCUGCAGUGACAGCAACAACACCUCCUCCAGUGACGAAGAAGUGAAGAACUUGUGCGCCAUGUCCUUCCAGCCUGUUGCAGAGCAGGCUGAUGGUCUGCAUGCAAGCCCAAGCCCUGUGCUGUUCAGUGCCUCCCCUCCCAAGAGACUCCAGCCUCUGGUGCGCAACCCAGCCUCGAGACCUUUAAUCUUGACGAGUGUUGGGACAGGCCUUGAGCAAGUCAUGCCAUGUAAGAGACAUCGGCAAGGAUAUGGGGAUAAGAUCUGCAGGCCCAGCCUUGACCUGGAAAAAAUGCAGCAGAAGAUGCUGCUGAAGAAGAAUUGUGGAAUGAAGACUAGAGUUAUUAAAAUUCGUAGCAUCAACGGAGGCCGCCCGCCGCCUCACUUUGUGUAUGAUCCAUCCACCUUUGCCUUCCGUUCCCUCAGCACCUUGAAGCCGCUGAGCCCAAUAGCUCCAGUGGAAGAACCGUCAUGUGCCUACUGAAGGAAUUUCUCCAAAAACCUCAGGAACUAUCAACCAACCGCCUGCCUGGCAGUGGGAAGGGACGUGGCAACACCCGGGGGUUGGGUGUGGGAGAAGGGGACAGUGACACAUCUUUGCAAUGCAGUCUCCCUGGCAGCAGGAAACAUACAGCUUUGCAGCAGUGACUGGUUUCAUAGCAUUGCCACAUCUGAGCAUUAGCAGGUGAAGAGAUUUUUGUCUUUGAAGUGUAAAAUGGGACAGGUGACAGGUUCCGGACUGCGAGGACAGCCACCAGGGUGAACACAUGGAUGUGAUAGUUGGAGAUAUCCCUGAGGGGUUCAGGGGCUAGUAUAGCCUGCAUGGCAGCAGUGAAAAGUGAUCAGGUCCAAACAAUUUUCCAAGAGUACUUGGGUCUACAGUACUUUGGUGUAGACUGACCAUUCUUCUCAGAAAAAGGAGGACAGGAUUGGAAACAGAGGCUGUACUGGGCUGCUUGCAAAGAAAGAGGAUCCCUCUCUGAGACUGUUAGGAUUGUAUUAAAUUUAGGCUUUCUUGAGCGAAGACCCUGGGAGAUGGAUGUAGGAUGGGGUAAGUAGAAGAUAUAGUUCCACAUUCCAGCUAGUCUGCUGGCUCAGUAAUAUCAUCUAAAAUGAGACUGAAAUGGGAGGCAUGAGCAUUCUGGUUAUACAGUGGGAGUUAAAAUAAAGUUACAGAAUAAGGAUUUGUGUUCAGCCAUCCAAAGAAGCAGAGUGCCCACCUUCAGUUCUCUCUUGGCAUCAUCAGGGAGAAGAACAUGAGUGUGUCUGUGUACUCCUGGGUCUCCUCUCUGCUGAGGCUGCCUCCGUUUGGGGAUAUGCAGCAUUUGUCCACAGCAUUGUCCCAGUACUGCUGCACCUGUUGUGAUACUGAACACAACUGGCAUCAUCAGACUCAACAAAUCAAGUGUCUCCAGCAAGUUGUCUGUUACCCCAUUAGGCUGGCUAUUAAAUUCAGAUAGACCUCCGUUCUGUCCCAGUGGAGCAGGUAUUCCUGUAUGUAGCAUAAAGUGGGAGGAAGAAGUCUUGUAGCCAUCUGCUGGCAGAAGAAACAAGAAGGAAGCUUCUCUAUUAACAGUCUUACAGCAGUUAGGAACCACAGCAAGUCUUGUUACCACUGGAGUCUAGCCUUGAGGCACAGAUGUGCUUUGUGCUACAAGGCAUCAGCUAAUGGGAGAAGCUGUCACCUGUCAUAGUGAGGCAGAGGAACAAGGCAUUUCCUCUUGCUGCAUCUGAUAAGUCCCUAUUGCAAGUACCUGGUGGAGGGAGUAAUGUCUCAGCAUUGGAGGGAGUAAUUGUCUCAGCAUUCUUCAGCUUGAAUCUGUAUCUGACUGGGUACAAGCGAGAGUGUGUAAUUUACUUGUCUGGAUCAAGAGGAGCAACUGUGAAUAGUAAUAUAAAAUCGGUUUUAUUUUUAAAUCUGCUCCACUGUACCACUUUUUGGAUGAGACCAGGGGUCAGUACAGCUCUCAAUAGGAGGCCAUAGACUGAACCAGCACAUGCUGAUACUUUCUGUGCUGUGAGACCCUGGGGGAAAAGCCUGAAGGUCACCUAGGCACAGGGACAUGAAUCUCCUACCACUACCCAUCCGCUGCCUCUCUCGGGCAAGCAGAGUGCCUGGGCAAGGCAGUGAGGGGGUAUCCAUCCUGAUGCUGUCCAAGCUCUGCCUGCUCCUUGGCUCUAGAGUAUCAUGGCUGGACCACAUCCUGCACCAGCACUGCCUCCAAAGGACUGCUUGGGUUUUGUGGUGAGGUGCUUCAGGCAGAUCAUCGUGAUUCCCUGCAAAAGUCCCUUUUUCUGACUUAGGCAAAUUUCUCUGCUGAUUCUUCCCACUCCUGUAGAGACUGCCUGUUUUGUUUGGAUGGCACACCUCAGCUUUUAACUGCUGCCAGAUUGAGCUGACCAGGGCAGGACAGGAUGCAUCACCGCCUCAGAGCAAGUGCCCGUGCUCAAGAAAAGGGGCAACUGCAGCCCACUAUUCUGCAGGUGGAAUGCAGCCCUCAUGGCCUCUCACCUGUGCUUUUGAGGUGCUUCCCUAGAGCUCUAUUCCUGCCUGCAUGGAUGCUGCAGACUGCCUUCCCUGGGGGCCCCACGAAUGGGAAUGUGGAUGUCCUGCCUGUAUUGUUGCCUUUUAGUACCUUUUGUAACUUUUCUCUCUGUCUUUUCUUUUUCAAUCUGAAGGAAAAAUAAAAAUAAUGAAAUAAAGUGUAACAGCUGCUAUA